AUGGCUGUCGAUGCUGUCUUUAGACAAGCCGAUCUCAACAAAGAUGGACGCAUUGAUCUCGAUGAAUUCCGUAACUUUCUCGGUCAAAAUCUUGGUGCUAGUGUUGGUGUUGGUGGUAAUGCUAGUUACGGUGCUAGUUCAUCAUUGGAAUCAGCCUCAUUAGGUGCUAAUGCUGGUGCUGCUUUCGGUGCUGAUGCUAGUUUCAAUGCUGGCGUUGGUUUAGUUACUGAUGCUUCAGGCUUUGAAUCAGCUGCUGAGCUAAGUGGUGGUUAUAGUGCAUCACAUCUCGUUGAUGGUGGCCUUGUCGGAGGUGCUGCUAGUUAUGAAUCAGUCUCAAGCGGCGCUGGUCUUGCUGGUGAGGGUGCUCUUGUUGUUGGUGGAGCAGCCCUUGAUUCAUCAGCAGUAGCCGCUACUCAAGUUCAAUAUGCUGCUGAUGCCCAAGGUCUCUAUCAAGAUCCCAACCCACAAAUCAUCCGUCGUCCAAAUCCAACUGGCGUUCAAACAUACACACAAAACAUUCGAGUUCAAUUCCUUCAACCACCACCUGUUCCACCUCCAGGCCCACUCAUCAUCAAAGAAGUGCGACCACCUCAACCACCCCCACCACCACCUCUUCGCCUUCGUUACCGAGCUUUACCUCUUCCUCCACCACCUCCACUUAUUCUUCGUGAACGACCACCACUGCCACCACCAGUUAUUGCAUCUCAAACAGUCAUUCGUCGUUUACCUCCUAUACCAGUUCCACCACGAUCAGUUAUCAUCGAACGCCUUCCAGCUCCUCCACCACGACCACGUGACAUCAUCAUCGAACGUUGGAUUCCAUAUGGACCGCAAGCUAAACGACGUACCCUUCUUCAACGUGCUCCUCCUCCACCACCAUAUCCAGCUCCACGUAAUGUUAUCAUUCAAUAUGAAUCAGCUCCAGUUCGAGUUGUUCGUCAAUUCCAACGUCUUGGUGUUGUUGCAGCUAACCCAGCUGUUUAUGUUCAAACAUAUGGUGCUCGUCUUCUUGAUGGUACUUCACUUGUUGCACAAGCACGUGCAGCUGGUGUUGUUGAAGAUAUCUCAGCGCCUGGUUAUGUUGGUUACGGUCUUGCCGCAUACGGUCAAGAAUCAUCUGAUGUUUCAUUAGGUUUGGAAACUGGUGCUGGUAUUGUUGCUGAAGGUGCUACUCUUGCUGCUGGUGGGGCUGGUCUUAUUGCUGGAGGUGCUGAAUUAGUUGAUGGAGGUCUUGCUCUUGGUGGUGGACUCAGUUCAGCAUCAUGGGAAUCAUCAGGCAUUGCAGCAGGUGGUGCUAGUGGUUGGGAAGGUGGUCUCGUUGCUGGGGGUCUUGGUGCUGGUUAUGGUGCAUCAUGGGGAUCGUCUGGUCUUGCUGGUGGAGCUGAUGCUGCUUUCCUUGCUGCUGAUACCAAUCUUGAUGGUACACUUGAUAAAGGAGAAUUUCGCCAAUUCCUUGGUGGACAAGCUUAA